AUGAUAACAACAAUUGAACACUUUUCAAAUGAAAUCUUUCAUGAAAUCUUUGAAUAUCUCUAUGGUAAUGAGAUUUAUAAAGCAUUUUCACGACUCAACUAUCGUUUUGAACAAUUAAUUGAUGAUCCAUGUCUUCAAUAUAAAAUUCUAAUUGAUUAUUCAUCAAAUGAAAAACGAACAAAGAAAAAAUUAAAGAGAGUUUGUCAGAUGAAUAAAAAGCAAAUAUUUUGUAUUUCUAUUUGGACAUGGAUUAAUAAUACGGAAAUCAUUUCAUCAUUAGAUUUCAACUCAUCAUAUUCAAAUCUUCAACAUCUCAUUUUAAGUUAUAUCCAACCCAAUACAAUUUCUGUUGUUCUUCAUCAAUUAAUUGAAUUACCUCGUCUAUAUUCAUUAACAAUUCAAACAGAAGAUACAAUAAAAACAUUUGGUAAAAUUUAUCAAUUAGUUUUUACUUUACCAAAACUUCGAUACUUCAAAUGUAAAGCGGAUGAAGCAACAAAUGAAAUUAUUAAUAAAUCAUUACCAAUUGCUUCAUUGGAACAAUUGACUUCAAUCGAACAAUUGAUUAUCGAUCAUCCAUGUAGUUUAAAACAACUUGUUCAUCUUGUAUCCUAUACACCAAAACUUCAAUAUUUGAAAUUUUUGAAUUUAAAUGAUAAUAAUAAAAAGAAUUUCAAUUUUCUUUCUUCAAUUCAAUUGCCAAAUUUAACAUUUCUUUCAAUUCAAUCAUAUCAUACGAUGUUUGAUACAUUGGAAACCUAUGAACUCAAUGGAUUUUUUCAUUCAUUUUGGCUUCAACGACAAUGGAUAUUAGAAAUUGAAGUUGAAUGUGACGAAAUAACUUAUCUUAUUCAUCCAUAUAAAAAACGAUGGUUUGAAUACAAUGAACAGAAGGAAAUAGAUUUAUCAAAAUCUCGACAAGUUAUUUUAGAUAUUGUAUCUCCAGAAAUGUGGUAUUCAACAUUAACUAUUCAUGAUUAUAUCAAACAUAUUCAUUCUGCCAUGAAAAUUGAUCAACUUCAUAUUCGUCCAGCAAUAUUUGUUGUUAAAUUAAUUGAAAUUUUAGAAUUAUUACCUGAACUUGAUGCAUUAAAACUUUCUACAAUUUCAUUUUCUGAUCCAAGAAAAGUAACACAAGAUGAAUUUAUACAAAUGUUUUGUUUAACGAAUCAAAUACGUAUUACAAAACUUUAUCUUGGAAAAAUACGUCAAAUUCAACAUGUUUACUUUUUUCUCACAAUUUGUCCAUUGAUUAAACAACUUGAAAUCAAUAAUUUACCUAAGAAAAUGAAGAUUAAAUUAUUUCUACGAUUGUUAUUAAUACAAAUUAAGAAUCGAUCAAAAUUUUCAAAUCUUCGAUUAUUAUGUAUUCGAUUACCGUUAAUCGAUGAUAAAAUGAUACUCAAAUUAAAACAAAUGAUUCAAGAUGAAAGUUUACUGGUUGAUUUUACGAUAAAACGUAUGAUGGACAAAGUUUAUUUAGAAUGGAAAUAA